ACUGAUCUUACAUUGACCAAUCAGAUGCAAUUUAACAGAAAUCCUUGUCCUAUACAUUGGAUCUAUUGAUCAGCAUGGAGAACAUAUUUGCAAGGGAAAAAUACAGAUAUUACAGUAUUAUUUAUAUGUUGAUGUUGAUACAGACAGUCUAUUCAGAAAAUUUGCAAAAUGACCCAGCUGAUAUUAAACCAGAAAUCCCCCAAAAUAAUGCAGAAAGUGAAAAUGUACUUAUAGUUGAUGUUGGACAGGGGGAUGAGAAGAUGGGCAUUGAUGCAGAAGGAGGUAAUCCCGAUCUUUCUAACAAUGAGGAUAUUACACAGAAAAAUGAAGAUACCAGUGAAGAAGUAAAGGAAAUGGAAUCUGGUAGUUCUUUUUCAUUUGGGAGUAUAUUGAAAAGUUUUGUCGAUCCAAUAUUUGAGGAAUCUGAUAAAAGACAAAAUGAGGAGCUUGAGAAAGAAAAUGUGACAGCCAUUAAAAAUGAAAGUGUAGUUCAAAAUGAAACAAGUAUCGGUAUUUUAGAAAUCCCAUUGAUAGACAGAGACUUAAAUCGAACUGAGAAAAAGACAAAAUUUAAAUGCAUCAGUAGAAAUAUGACAUUUGAAAAUACCACAUCGGAAGUUAAGAUUAUAAAUAACACAAGACUUUUGCAGAUUUUAAAUUUUGAUCAGAAUGACACAUUGUCAGACUGUGUUUUGGUUAUGUUUUAUGCACCAUGGUGUAGAUUCUGUUCCAAAGUAGCACCUAGUUAUAAUGCUUUAGCUAGAGCCUUUCCUGAGUUAGAUGUUGUGGCAGUUGAUGCAGCUCAUUUUAGCAACUUGAAUGCCAGAUUUGGAACUGUUUCUGUACCAAAUAUACUUCUGUUUCAUCAAUCCAGAGCUGUUGUUAGAUUCAACCAAACAGAGAAAAAAUUUGAUAAUCUAGUUUCCUUUGUUAAAAAUCAUACAGGGAUGGAACCAGAAAUAUCUGCCAAUGUUACAGAGGAUGACUAUAUCAGACCACUACCAAGUGUACCGUCCGACGAAACAGAUUAUUUAUUGUGGAUUUCAUGGCUAUUUGUUGUAAUAUUUGUAUCAGUUGUAUUUGUAAGAUCUUCAUACGGACAGCUUUACAUUAACAAAAUUAAAAUAUUAUGGCAGGAACAUCAGCACAUAGAGUGAAUUCUCGUACUAAAGUCAGUGAUUACAGUGAAGUGAAGUGUCCAACUAGUCAGUUAUUACCGCUGCAUCUAGUCUGUGGUAGUCUGCAGAUCAAUUUGCACUGCUACUGGUAUAUAACAACUGCAUCUGUUGAGAAAGACCUAGUUAUAUUUUAAUUGUUCCACCAUCUGAAAUAUGUUGCAAAAAGUACUGAGCCAUCAAUAAAAACAAGCCAACUUGUGCUAUAAAAAGUUUUUACUAGCUUUAGUGAACAAAAGAUACUAAGUCUAUAAGAAACAUCAGAUAGAAAAAACUUAUUCAAUAUUUUAUUUUUAUUUUUAUUUACUUCUAAGUGUGUUGUUUUAUCAUUACAUGGAAAAUCAUGUUUAAUAUUCAUGUUUUAAGAUGAGCCAAGGCUCUGUGUUGAAGGCCGUACUUUGAUCUAUAAUUGUUUACUUUUUACACAUUGUGAAUUGGAUGGAGAGUUGUCUCAUUGGCACUCAUACCAUAUCUUCUUAUUUCUAAUCAAUAGUCUAUUUGCCAAUUACCGAUUUGAUUCUGUUAUAACACACUUUUAACACAAAUUGCUUCCCUUUGUCAAUCGUAGACUGGAUC